UUCUGUGACAGCCGAAGGAAGAAGAAAAAAAAAAGGUGUGUGCGUGUGUUAACCACGGGACUCUGAAGGCCAAGUUGAAGUUUAAAGCCAGUAGAGGCAGAUGCCCAGUAGUAGAGUUUGCUCAGCAGAAAAUGGCCGCAGGCUCGCCGGCAUGAAUUUGACAUCUACACCGACAGAGGCGCUCCCUCCCCGGCAGAAGGCUCAGAUCGUGUUGUAGUCACGACCGGGAGUUCGGCAUUGUUUCAAAAAGUGAUACAAACUUUAGUUAACGUUUUACGUUCGCGUGACAGUAGCAAACUUAAUCUGUAAAUAAAACAAAAUAAACAUGCUUCACGAGACAGUGCCAAAAAUUGAUUUGACUCGGCUUGGUUGUUUACAAAAAAAGUAGCCUAACUUUUAGCCUAGGAAGCAUGAUACACUUACUAUUUACUAUAACUCCCAUGUUUUCUUGAGCAUUCUUGCAUUUCAUUUUGAGUAGCCUAGGCUAUGCAAAUACGAUGCUACAUGGAUUUCAGCAUUAUGUUAUGUAUUAAAAUACAAUGAUAUGAUAUCUGACAGAGUAGCCUACUAUGUUACUGCCAAAUUACUUUAAGAAAAGGAUCGUCUGCUCUUUAAAGGAAGACAUUCAACAACGGGCUUAAUAGCUAUCUUAGUCACUGCUGUUGCAAUACAAUUUGCACUUACAUUAACAGCUGAUUAUGAUAAUCUCAUAUAGGCUACUAAGAUUUGUUCUCUGCAGGGAUAUUUUCAGUGUACUUUAUGUAGCCUAAUUUAAGAAAGACGUUGCCUUUUCUUGUCUCUUUACGUAAAACAAAAAAUGAAAACAAGUUCAAACUUUUACAAUUGUUCUAUUUUAGGGCUAUAUUGAAACUGUAUGUUCAUGUGUUUUGUAGCUCCAACUUAUUUAAAUAUUUCUAUAUUUUAAAAUAAUAUGCUAAUAUGUGGCAGUAAAAAAAGGGAUACAUAUUUGUAAUUAUGGAUAUGACUGAUUCUUUAAGAUGACUGAGAAGUUUCAGCAGCUCUCUCCCAGGCCAUAGUUCACACCACAAUGCCUUCAGUGCAUAUUCAAGAGAAAUAACAGGUGUUGUUUACACUUCGUUUUAAUAGCCUGCCUAGUUUUACACUUUAAUUUAAGUCAAUUGACGCCUAGUUUAUUUGGUCUCUGUGUGGUCACUCCAACAGUGAAGCUUGAUUUCUAAAAGGUGUUAGGUAAAAAAAAAUAUAUAUAUAAUAAAUAAAAUCCUCAAGAAUAGUUUUUGGAAAGCUACCAGCUGACAGUUAGUGAUUAUGGUUACCGAAGCGCGUUAUUUUCUUGCAGUGAAUUUACAAAAGCUUCUGGUCGGCAAAAUAUGCAAUAGAAGACAAAAUAGCGCAUAGCAUAGCUAUUAUGCAUUGAACUUCUCAUGCCUAGGUUAUUCAUAAACAGACGCGUUUCAGUAAUUUAAGUGACUGACAGACAAGUCAUUCGCUCGUUUACUUGAAACUUCAUCUAUAUGUUGUUUUAAAGGUGCAUAACAAGCCUUAUCAGGCACCGGCUAUAGUAUUGUACGCGGGCUGAUUUUCUGAUUGUAUUUUUAUAUCCACUCAACUUGUGAAGCGAUAAGCCUUUGUCAUGAAUGGACGCAUGCAUGUGCUGUGACGCAAUGUCCGCGCGAGCCUGGCUCUAAUCGCUACUUUAGCGGUGAGUGUUGCAGUAAAAUUGUUUGGAAUACGCGCGCGGGUGAAGCGCGCAGAACGUCUCUGCGUCCGAACUGUAUCAGCGCGAGAGGGAAGAACGGUGCGUGCGCACUGGCGAACGGGAGAAAGUCGUUUGCCUCUUUGUUUCACGCCGCUUCAGAAACCGAGGCAUAUAACUUUUUUUACUUAUUUUUUUAUUUCACGGACUUAACGGAUGCCCCUGGACAUUGGAAACCAGAGUUAGCCUUUCUUGCUCCUUCAAGUACUUUCUUUGGGAUGGGCUAUUUUCAUAACGUCAUUUCAUUCCUCCCUCUUUUUGAUUUUCUCUUUCUUUGAUUCUUUCUCCCACCAUUUCCUAAAUGGAACAGAUUGCAGCACCCAACGCGUUUUCCUACCUGCAAAGUUUGCUUUUAAACGUGUACAGAGUUUGCGCGUUCUCUUUUGCCGGGCGUCACUUGAUUUAACGGACUCGAAGUGGAAGUCAGAAGUGGCGGCGGUGGAAGUGUUAAUCAUGAUGAGGCUUACCAUGAUUAACUGUGAAAAAUGAUCUACUAACUUGUCGGUGUUUUGCCACAUUUCAAGUCACGCGCUCCCCUUUCAACAUGAUGUAUUCUCCUCUCUGUCUAACUCAGGAUGAAUUUCAUCCGUUCAUCGAGGCGCUGCUGCCCCACGUGCGUGCCUUCGCCUACACUUGGUUCAACCUGCAGGCCCGUAAGCGCAAGUAUUUCAAAAAGCAUGAGAAGCGGAUGACCAAGGACGAAGAGCGUGCCGUCAAGGAUGAGCUCUUGGGUGAGAAGCCAGAGGUCAAACAGAAGUGGGCAUCGCGCCUCCUCGCCAAGCUCCGCAAAGAUAUCCGGCCUGAGUGUCGGGAGGACUUUGUGCUGUCCAUCACGGGGAAGAAGCCUCCAAGUUGUGUCCUCUCGAACCCUGACCAGAAGGGGAAGAUGAGGCGCAUCGAUUGUCUGCGGCAGGCAGAUAAAGUCUGGCGUCUGGACCUGGUGAUGGUGAUUUUGUUCAAAGGCAUCCCGCUGGAGAGCACGGAUGGGGAGCGGCUGGUCAAAGGCGGCCAGUGCUCCAAUCCCAUUCUCUGUGUCCAGCCUCAUCACAUCACCGUGUCCGUCAAAGAGCUGGACCUCUACCUCGCCUACUUUGUGCAGGAGAGAGAAGCUGAACAGAGCAGUAGUCCUCGCACAGGCAUUGGUUCAGACCAGGAGGAUAGUCGAGCAGCCACCAUGGAUGCUCCAGAGUUUCAAGAAAGCUUUGUAACUUCGGGCGUCUUCAGUGUAACAGAACUGGUGCAAGUAUCAAGAACACCAGUGGUGACGGGCAUGGGGCCGAACUUCUCUCUCGGGGAGCUUCAGGGUCAUCUUGCCUAUGAUCUGAACCCUUCAGGGGUGGGAAUGAGGAGAACCCUUCCCAGCACCUCCUCUAGCGGAAGUAAGAGACACAAGUCAGGAUCCAUGGAGGAUGAUAUAGACACCAGCCCAGGGGGCGAGUACUACACCUCUCCAAACUCCCCUGCCAGCAGUUCACGCAACUGGCAAGAGGAGAUGGAAGGAGGAAUCUCCCCUACAGUUAAGAAGACAGAGAUGGAUAGUCCAUCUCCUCAGGAGAGCUCUCCGCGUCUCGGCUUCACACAGCACCACAGACCUGUCAUUGCAGUGCACAGCGGUAUCUCUCGAAGUCCACAUCCCUCCUCGUCUCUGCACUUCCCUGGCGGACCCAUUCUCCCCCAGACUGCCUCCACCUACUUCCCACACACGGCCAUCCGGUACCCCCCACACCUCAGCUCUCAAGACCCGCUCAAGGAUCUUGUCUCUCUGGCCUGUGACCCGUCCAAUCAACAGCCCAGCCCGCUGAAUGGCAGUGGUCAGGUGAAGGUAUCCAGUCACUACAUCUCCUCUCAGAUGCUGGCCCCCCCGCCACCCCCCGGCCUGCCCCGUCUGACGCUGCCCCCAGAGUCCAAAUCCAGCACCACCUCUGCAGACGCAGCUGCCAGCUCACCCACCUCCCCCACAUACUCUGCUCCCGGGACGCCACCUGCCAACCGCUCCUUCGUAGGAAUUGGUUCUCGAGACACUGGCAGUCUGUAUCAGGCACAGUCCUGGUAUCUGGGGAACUGAUCAUCACACACACAUACAAAGACGAACCCGAGGAGGCACAGACAUGGAUUCGAAAAAUCUUUUUUGUGGAAUUUACAAAAAAAAGAAAAGUUGUGAACGAGAUGCAAGAGGGAAAAUCAGAUAUAUAUAUAUGCAGUAUUUGUAUAUAUACACACACACAUAUAUAUAUAUACACAAUAUGUGUGUAUAGAUAUAUGUGCACACAUAUUUAUAUAUGCAUAACGACGUACAGUAUAAGAUGCUUCAAUACACUUUUUUUCUGAAAAGACAAUGGAAAGGGAGACGAGCUCGAGAGAUCGGCCAUAGGUGCAACAGAAGAAAAGGAGACAAAAGAGGAGGAUGUUUUUUUUUCUGGGAGGGCAGCCCAAACUAUGGCGUACAUUUACGGACAUGUCGAAAAAGGCCCACCCUGACUCCCUGCCUCCUGGAAUGCCUCUCCUCAACCCCCUCUUUCUGCUACAGGUGCUGCUUCCUCCUAUAUGCAAAAUAAGUAUCCUUUAUUUUCUUAAUGAACAAGGAAGAGAAACCCCAAUGAAAGGGUUUUUCCGCUAGCAAUUCGCCACAGGUUCGGAGGUGAGCACGGUCUGUUUUUAUUAUUUUUUUUAAGUGCGCAAAGGCAACACAGCGUGGAAAAGGAAAUGAAAAGGUUGAUGCUUCCGUUCACACGACAGAAAAGAAACGCAAAGGCUACUUUUCAUCCAGUUUUAUUGACAAUCAUGUAUCUGCGUCCUUGGUUUCGUUCAGAGGGUGACGUUUUCUAAAUUGCAUUCUCCAUCGCUUGUAACGGAGUCCACUUUUUGGUGGAACCCCGUCAUGUUUUUUGUACAUCGGAGGAAUAUUAGUGGUACCUCAGUGACAUUAUAAAUCACAGUCAGCAUCUAUACACACAUGCACACACACUUACACGUAAACACACCUGUCUUGAAGCAAUGGCUUGUACUGUUAAAGGCUACACGAGGUGUGUGUGAGCUGUGAAACAGCCUUCAUAGGAUGAGCCAGGGAAUAGCAGGGGUGAAUUCGCACCUUCCUCACUUCGCAAUAUGAAAGCCCCUCAUUCCCUGAACCCCGCUGUAAGUGUGUGCGUGUGUGCAUCCGUGUGUUUGUGCAUGUCAUAAACAUUAGUAGUCCCUUAUUCAUCUCUGUGAGUUCACAGAUUAGGGGGUUUUGAUUCAUGUAGAUUCGUGGAUUGUUCCACAUAGCGACAAAGGGAGUUGAAAUAUAGUUCUGUCAUUACUUAGACAGUAUUGGGUGUAGAGGAUAGAAUUUUUUUUUCUCUAUGUGUAAUUUGUUUCAAUUCAUUGGAAAUUACAGGCAUUGCACUACUUUCAAUUUUUACUUUUCCUCUUUUGCAAACUCCUGUUCGGCCUAAUCAUAUGGAAUGCUGCGAUUAGUCGAUUAUUUUUGUCAUGUUCUGAUCUCACGGUAGAUGAGGGUUGGUUUCCUAAUAGCUGAUCAGAACAAUCCAACAUUUUCUAUGUAAACGUAUCCAUGUUUAUGUGAUUACUUUCAUACAAUUCCCAUAGUUUAACAGAAACAAAUCAGGCUUUCUUUUUUCCCAUGUUUCUACUACAAGAAACUAUGACUGUUUUAAUUUUGAAGCAGAUUACACACUUUAAUCCGUAGGAAUGUCAAAGAUUUGGAUGUCUGACGUGAGAUGGGCUGUAAUGUCCAAUACAAAAAAGGAAGUCAGCGGCUAUGCUGCCCAUCCCAGAGUUCAUUGGGAGGUGGACGCCUAUGACCAGCAUGUCUGUGCUUGGUUGCCUCAGAAAAAGGUUAUUCUGCACUCUGAGAUGGGUUGAUUUGUACUAAUGAAAUAACAUCAGGGCUUAAUCUACAAUGCUACCGAACCCAAAUCACGAAGCCAUGAAAAGUGCCUCAGACAUUGCAAGAUUUUCAUUUGAAUUCUUUCUUUUUAUUUUUAAAGACUUGGACAUUUUGCUUCAUCUACUGUGGAUUGUUGUUGUUGUAGGAGUUCGAGGGGUUGUUUUUAUGCCCAGAGAGAUAUUUUAAAUGGCCUCGCAAGCCCCUCGUCAGCUGCAUGGGCUAACGCUUAGCCACAGGAAACGCAGACAGCUGAACAAAAAACACACAUACACACCCUUAUAAUCAGAACAUGACAAAAUCAACACAUAUCAGAGCUUCACUAGGUACCCUCACAAAACCAAUACGAUGUAAUAUCCACACUCUCUGUUUGCUUUCACUAACCUUUUAUAAUGGCUUCGCAUACACAUUCUAUUAAGUUGACCAUAGUUAGGCCCAGAAUACAUACAACAUGACUUGUUUUAAUGGUGCUGAUAUGAAAAUCUCUAUAUAUGAAUUCUAUAUAACUGUGCAUGGUGCUUUCAAAAGAAAAAUCAUAAGAAUUAAGCUCAAACGACCACCGUAUCGCUGACAUGGGCGCAUGGCAGAUAAUCUUAGUAUUAGCUCUGAAGCAAAAUGCUCCCGACUACUCCUUAAUAACCCACUUUGAGCAAAGAGCCAGUGACACAGAUGAAUUUUACCUUUUUACUACAUUGGUUUGACUUUUAUCCAACAAUCCCUCUUCUACUUUGCACGAUAUUUUAUACAACAUAUUAUGUGCCUUGCCUUUAGUUAAGAACAAUAAUGCGUAAUUUUAAAGGAGUCGAUAAAUAUUUUCUUCUUUUUUUUUUUUGAUGUAACCAGUGUCAGAAAGGAAAAUAAUGCUGCAUGUUUGAUUGCCUGUCAUUAUCAGAAUAAGACUAACAGGUUACCUGAUAGCUGUAGAUUUGGAUGGGUGAGAGAGGCUUUUUUUGACCCUCUUUCUCUUUUAAAAGCACUGUAGUUGGCAUGAAAUCUCCCCUGCAUUUUAUUUCCCUCCUCCGUUCAUGAAAUGAGAAGGUAACCGUCUGUGAAAGAUGCAGUACCAGCUCUCUUCAUAUCAGCUCUGAGCUGAUGUUUUGAUUCCGUUGUGACGUUAGGCUUCUCUUAAAUUGUUUAGAUUGUAUGUUAUCAUGUAUUUAAAUGAGUUUGUACCCAUUAUGGAUGUGAAGAGGAGCGGCCAGAGAUGGACAUAAUGAAAAUUAGAUGGCCAUCCUCUAUAAACACAACUAGUUUUGGCCAAGUUUAAAUCCCACAACUGAGCACUUAGCAAAUGAUUUUGCAAUCAGCAAGACUUUAUAUCGUCUUUAUAUUUAGCUUUUUAUCAAAGGGUCAAAUUUACAUUUCAUUAUUUCAGAAAACCUAGGCAUUUGUUUAAAGGGAUGGUUCACCUUAAAAUUUAAAAAAAUAUAUAUUUUUAGUUGUAAAUAAAACAGAUUAUUGGAGUAUGUUGUACAAGACAUUUCUUUCUAUGUUAAAAAUUAAACAUUCAAAGUUUUAUUUGCUGUUUCUUUGUAAUUAACUGAAAUUUAAUCCGUAAUUUAGACAUGUAGUCAUUAUUUAUUCUCCCUCAUGCUUUUCCAAACGUGUAUUUAUGACAAAAGAAGAUAUAUUUUGUUGUCUGUAUAAUGAAAGUAAGUAGAGCCCAGUAGUGUUUUGAGAAAAAAACACCAAAAAUAUCAACUCUACAGAAAAAGAAGGAAAGUCAUACAAGUUUGAAACAACAUGAGGAUGAAUAAAUACUAACAAAAUGUGAACUGUCCCUUUAACCCCUUUGUGAGGGCUCAUAACACUGGCUGCAAUAGAAUAUGUAGUGAUGUCUGACCAUAAAUGAUCGCUUUAAUUAGUUCAUUACUUUAAUAAGUAAUAUUUUUUACUAAUCGAGUCCCUUGUAUAUGUCCGUAUAUAUUAACUGUAGAAUCCGUUCAUAGAGAGUAGCUGAAAUGUAUUUGUCCAAUUCAAUGUACAGACACAAGAACAGCAAGAAACCAUUGAACUGCUGACUUUGUGUCUUCUUAGAAAAUGAAUGCUUCUUCUUCCUCUUCUUUUUAUCAAAUCAGAUAGUAGGAGAUAAUUUAUAAUUCGUAGCAUGUAGUGUCAAGGGAGCUUAUGCAGAGGAGAAGAUUUUGUGUAUUUCUGGAGCUGGGUCAGGAGAGGCCAUGUUGUAGUUUGUGAUGCAGUGUGCAGUAUUGUUUCUGCAAUGGAUAUUGCACUGCUGGUAGCUAAUAUGAUUUGCUGGUAGCUAUUUAAAAGUUUAAGUCGAUUGAGAAAGAACAAGAGAUUUUGUUUACAUGAAGCCCGUGGUAAGAUCUGGGUCGUGGAUGAUUUGUGAGCCCACCGUUGUCCAGCCUGGCUGAAUCGGAGUGCUAUAGCAGAACGGCAUUCCGUCUGUACCAUGAUACAAACCCUUUGCAGAAGUGCUAGCAUCAUUCAGCAAGCAAUUUUCCUUGUGUUUAACAGGACAGGCGACGGGACGGGGGUCUGCCUCGGAGUGUGGUGCCCAGUUGGAUUGUUUUGAAGCAGGAAUGGCAAACUCUGACAAAUCUCCCCAGUACAGACUCGCAUGACCCGCCGCCUGUCCUGUGAAGAUUUGCACUGCUCAAUUUUCAUCUUUCUAAAGCUGUCAACCCUCUCUGGCCAGGGUGGGACGGUGGGCUCAAUAGAAUAGGGGUCUGAUCAUAGUUUCGCCAGCGCAGCGGCUCCGUGGGGCAUGCCGUCUUCUUCUACGUUUGCUUUUUGUAUAUGAUCAAAUUGGCUACAUGCGGCUGAAUAAUGUCUGUUGCCCCAAAGUGUGCUUUUUAAAGUGGCCACAGGUGAUGAUUGAACUUGCUACGACGUGAAUAAUGCAUUUAAACUGAUGCAUGUAAAAAAAAAACACACAUUAGCUUACUGUUUGAUUUCGAAACCCUUCACUAAUAUUUUUUACAGAGCGGGGAUUAUUAUCAUUUUUAUGCGUGUUGUUGAAAUGUUACAUUUUGAACACAGUUAUCUUGUGUAUAAAUGCUUACCAUAUAUCCAGUAGAAUGAGGAAAAAGACACAUGUAUAUAAAAUGUCUUUUUGUAUGAUAAUUAUUAUAUUUUUUUUUUUUGUAUGUUUGGAUUUAGUAGUAAUAAGCUUGUGGUCAAACCACAAAAAAAAUUGAAAGCUCCUUCUAAAGGAUCUGCUGUUGAGAAGAAAAUGUCAGCACCAUCAGCACAUACCUUUCAUACAGUUAUCACGUGUUAUUUUGAUCGCAAAAUAUGGGCUCCAGUAAAUUCAGCAUCACUUGUUGUCAUUUUAAAUAGAACCAAGAGCUUCACUAAGCUUUAGAGGUUUAUGCAGAUUCCAUUGCCUUUUUUUGUUUAGUUUUUUUUUUUUUUUUUUUUUUUUAAUCUCCAAGACCUGUUUGAAACCUGCACUUAUUGUUUCUCUUUUCUCAUUCUAGCUUCAAAGUUGUUUCCUGUACUUCUACUUGGAAGAUUGCACUAGAUAAUCUGCUAUUGAAACUUUGUCAAAUAAUAAUACUUAUUUUUAAGGUUUGCUUCUCUGUGGAUAUUUCUCAGCCUUGAGGAUCACGAUGAAUAGAGCCUAACGAUGAGAACGAACGAAAGAUAGAGAGAUGAAGCUGCUUGAAUGGUACCCUUUUAUUUCCCUGUUGUCAUUUAUGUGCUUAAUUUACCCUUUUUAGAUGUUGAAAUCGUGCCAGGUUCCUGUAAACUGCAAACCGCAGAGGAGAAACACAUAAACAGUCACACUGCAACAAUCAUUUUCUAAAUCAGUACUUUCUUUUUCCAGUAAAAAUCUAAACAUCCUUGAAACAUAAUAUAUAUAUUUGAAAGUUUGGGAUUUAAAUAAUACUUUUAUUCAGCAAGGGCACAUUGCGUCAAUCGAAAGUGCCAGUAAAGACAUUUAUAAUGCUUUUUUUUUUUUGCUUUUCUUUUGAACUUUCUGUAAUGAGAAUGAGAAGGUAUCACAGUUUCAAAUGGUAUCACAAACAUUGAUAAUAAUAAUAAUAAUAAGAAGAAGAAGAAAUAUUUCUUGAUCUGCAAAUCUGCAUAUUAGAACGAUUUUUGAAUCAUGCCAUCACGGGAAUAUACUACAUUUUAAAAUACAUUCAAAUAGAAAACAAUUAUUUUUAAAUUAUAAUAGUAUUUCACAAUAUUAGUUCUUUAAAAAACAUUUAAAAACAACAAUCUUCCCAACCCCAAGCUUUUGAACAGUAUAAAGUUGUGUACAGUAUAAAUAUUUCAAAUGAAUUAGGGAUGUUUAUGUCUUUUACUUGUGAAAAAUAUGAAAGAAAAUAUUAAAGAAUUAUUUUUUUGUUGUUGCAGUGUGGUUUCUUAAACCACCUCUGGACAAUCAGUGGCAUGGCUUACCUCAGCCCGAUGAUAGUUUAAUGGAGGGUAUGUGUACAGUUUAACUUUAGACCUCACUCUUCUGAGUGCCUUCCUGGAUUCAGUCUGGAGCUGUUGGAUGUGGGUUUACGGUGCGUGAUCUUCCCCUGCUUUUGUAAGAUCAGCCUACUCAUGCCUGUAUUUACAAGAACUGGCGGAAUGUGCAUCACUGAAACGAUUGUUUAAUUCUGAGGUCCAGGCACUUUAAUUAGUCAUUGACACAUGUAAUUAUGCUGAAUAGAAUGUACAUUUCCCGAGUCCAAUUUCCCUGUUCACCCACUGACAUAAACAGGAUGUGAGGAGACCCUACUCAGGCACACGUGAGAGAAUUAGACAUGCAUGAGUGUUUCACCCUUUUGCGGUUUGUGUAAUGUAAACUGUGCAGUACCACGAACUUUGCGAGGUAGAUAGAAAUGUGAACAUGCGCUCCUCUCAGAAAGGGCUGGAUAACCUCUUCAGGGCUGAGGCACUGGAAUGCAGUUUCUACUCUUUGCUUCCUUCCUUCUUCAGUGUUGUGACACUUGGCAGGAUGUAUGUCGUAGUUCGUCAGCUGAUGAAUUGACACGUGACAUGUUUGAUACUGGCAGAAACUGGUCUGAAACCCAUAAUAACAGCUCAGUCUAGCUACUCGGUUUGAAUUCAAACUUGUAGUAAUACACUAAAGAUCUGGAAAUGAACAGCAUCUAUGCAGCUAAUCCAGGCUUUACUGAAAUCUUGGUGCAGAAAGUUCUUUCUAAUAUUAAGGACUGUUUCAAUGUGUGCAGAGCCGUCUAAGCUGUGCUUAACCUACCAUUAUAAUACUCCAAUAUAGUGAAAAAGGCUGAAUACUGCGUUUACUUCUGGUCAGAAUUAACAUAGAUGUUCAUGGAAUACCUAAUCACUACAUCAAAUCACAUCUUCAUGCUCUUGUAAAAUAUAGAAACAAAGAAAAUGAAUCUGUAAUAGAAUAUAGUUUAUCUGUAAUUUAUUUAUAACCUGGGUUAGUCCAUAUUUAACCCAAAGUUUGGUUGAAUCAACCCAGGAUUUUUUUAGUGAUGCACAACAAACUAAAAAAUUGAUCAAAAGUGACAGUCAUAAUGUCACAAAAGAUUUCGGUUCCAAAUAAAUACUGUUUCUUUUGAACUUUAUGAUCAUUAAAGAAUCCUGGAAAAUGUACUAUAACAAAAAAGUAGCUGAUUGAAAAUUCUGAAAAUUCCGCUUUGCCAUUACAUUAAUAAAUUAAUAUUUUAAAGUUGUUUUGAAUUGUAAUAUUUUUUCACAAAUAUUACACUUUUACUGGAUUUUUUCGAUUAAGCUAAAUACAAUUUUGGCGAGCAUAAGAGACUUCUUUCAAAUCAUUAAAACAUUUUAACGAGCCCAAUCUUUUGGACAGUAAUUCUGACAUGAUGUGAAUGCAGCGUUAUAAAAAUGUUUUGCCUCGGUCUGAAACGAUUUGCUCCUCAGAGUGCAUUUGUGCAUAGGUGAGGUCAUUGGUUAUACUGACAUAAUACCCAUUUAAAGUCCGUAAUUCAAAUUUCAAUGUUCUCCAAACACAGUUUCAGAUAUCACGUUGCUGAUUGAGCUGUGGAGGUGAUGGAUGGUUUUAAUCUAAACUUUGAUGAAAUUUUUACUGUACUGUAGAGUGGAUGGUUCUGGGGUACAGAACGGCUCAUUAUUUUUCACUCUUAGCAAACCAGCAAUACAAAUUGAAGUUAAUAUAUAUAUAUGGUUUCUUUUCCUCACCUAUGUGUUCUCUGUAAACCGUGAGCUGUUACGUGGGUUUUCACCGUCCCUCUGACAUCAUCUCUGCAGUGUCGGUCUGGAAUAGAUACAACUUUUGUUUAUCAAACCUUUUUUUUUAAGUUAUUAUCCAACCAAGGGGCCAGAUUUGCCAAAGCCUCUCAAUAACACAACCUCUGAGUGCCGCGACAUAUUGACACUGAGGUUAGUACAGUCUGACGAUGCUAAGAAUUCUAGCAUGUGCUAAGGGCUUUUCGAAAUCUGGCCCUAAGGUUAAAAUGGCUCAGAUGGGGUGAAGAAAAUCUUUCUGUUCAAAGGGGAGAAAAGCCAUUCGUGGGCUUUGCAAUUUAUGCAAUAUUUUGAUAAGUCUUUCACACAGAUGAAUUGCCAAAAACACCCUGACAUACCGCCUGCUCCCGAAUGUUAGAUCCCCAAAACAGUCCCGCAUCAAUAUUUCAGGGUGCCCUCUCUCCCAUUAGAACAAUUGUUUUAUUCUGUUUGUUUUUAUUCUGAAUUAAGGUUUCAUUUCUAUGAAUAUUUCUAUCGUUGUUGUUUCGUUUGUUUUUAAGCAUGCCAUUUUCUCUAUGUUUGGAUGCUUUGAGUUGAAAGGACGAAGGUUGAAAUGUUUUUCAGAGAGCAUUCUAAUGCAGUGUUAAAGUUCAAGGUUUUUGUUGGUUUUUCCUUCCUCUUUUUUUAAUCACAUUAUUCUUUACAAAUAUUACCAUAGUAGUUACUCAUUAAACGCUUGCUUGCUGCACAGAUAAACACACUUCACACCAGGAAGGCGCAUGUGGACAUUUAGUUCAGACACAUACACAGCUGGCAUGAUGACAUGCAUCCAUGUUCUUAUGGAAAGCAUCGGAUUUUCGUUAUUUGUCUCUGUUUCUCGAAGAACCUUGCUAAAUUGUAAUCUAUCAGCAAAAGUCGGUAUGUCGGUUUUGAAACAGAUGGGGAAAAAUGUGUUUUUCUCAUGCACAACCAACUAAAUUUGCCAUGUGUUUUUGAACUGGUGUGAGGGGGAAAUUACAGCUUUAACAAUAUUUCAUUAUAACAUUGUAUUCAGCCAUCGCUGUUCGCAAAAAAAAAAAUCGCUCAUGAAUGCAGUACUGGAAGUAUGUUUCCCUAUGCAAAAAAAAUGAAUAAAAUGAAAAUAAAAUAAAAAAAUAAACAAAGCUAUGCUACAACUGAGAAA